AUGACAACUAACACAGAUUCUCAUGGGACGAAACGGCCUUCCGCUCAAAUAUACGUCCCUCCAAGUCUUCGUGGUUCUCGAUCCUCACGGCCAAAACAGCGUGAUCUGCCAUCUUUUCCCCAGACAUGUACUAAUAAUAGCGAGAAACAGCCUCCUGAUGAUCUUUCCAACAUUCUCCAACAUCUAAGCCUCAAUGAUGAUAGUUUUGUUGAUUUUGGGCUCUGUGUUCAGGAGGAAAAACCCAAAGAAGUAAUUAAAGUCCCUGUCGGUGCCUCUAGCAACUAUCUUCAGGGUCCCAACCUUGACUACAAUAAGCUUCGCCACGUAAUUGAACUCUACGACUUCCCUGCUGAUCUUGAAACCAUGACCCUUGAAACCGUUUUGCGUCCCUAUAAUGAGAGUGGAUUCAUCCUUAAGUGGGUAGAUGACACUCAUUGCCUCGCCGUCUUCUCCUCUUUCCUUACCGCAGAACAGGCCGUACGAAGCAUCAACGGGGCCCUUAUCAAGGCUCGUAUACUAGAAGAGGCAUCCUUGGCCUCGAAAUGGAAGGUUGCCAAGUCCCAAGGUGACUGGACAAUGCCUUAUAAGAAACGGCCACCCUGUGAUAGUAGCGUCGCUAACCGAAUUAUCUCCUCUCAUCUGGGAUUACCUCGACCUAAACCCUCUCCUACCAUUCUCCAGGCUCAAAAAGAAGCCAAAGGUUAG